AUGUCGAAAUGUAUCUCGCAGCAAGUGCAAAAAGCACAGGCGGCUCUGCCCCGCCUCGCCAAACUCACCGGCUCCCUUCCGGGUCUUGACGCGUCUCUCAUGGUCGUCCAGUACUCGUCACCAGCGGUCAUUGCGGUCCUCAUGGGUCUUGCAUCGCUGAAGGACAAGUACCCGGCGCUUAGACUGAGCCUGCGACGCUCAGGAGAGAAGGGAUUGGUGGGCGGUGCGGGCUUGAGGCUGUUGGCUGUGGCGUGGGGGAGAGUGGGGUUGAGCAUUGGAGAUGCGAGAGUGAUCAUGCGCGCUUUCGGUCUCCUACCAGUACUGAUCCCCGCGAUCAAGAUGUUCUACCCCGACCCCAUCAAAUCUCUCACCUUCGCCCCCAUCCCGUCUCUCCAGGUUUUGUCGCUCCUCCUCUACUACCCGCUCGAGCACAUUGCCUGGCUCGCUUCCAAGGGCGUAGUGACCAUGACUCCUGAAGCUAUCGGGAGGACCUCUAUCUGGAGUGUCAGGUUCUGGGCCCUCUACGUUGUGCUCGAGCUGGUCAAGAUUCGUCAGCGACACAUCAGCCUCCAGCAGCGCACUCGGGCCAUGCGCAAUGCCAAGCCCGCCGUCUCGCAAAAGGAAGCGGAGGGGUACGAGCUGCAGUCAGGCACCCCGCUCGGCGCAGUCGCUACGCCUGCCGUGGACGCUGAGGCAGCGAAGAAGGUCACAGCUCUGAGGGGUGACUGGGCGGAUCUUAAGAACUCCAUCAUUACCAAUGCUGGGUACGCGCCGCUCACCAUCCACUGGUCCGCCGGCGGACUUUGGGCCAACCCGCUAUACACUUCGCUCUUCGGCACGAUGGCGGCCAUUGGCCAAUUCCGGAAGCAGUGGCAGCUGGCGGGCAUGUAG